UCGACGUUUAGCAAACCCUCCUCCUCAAUUUUCUCAUUCUUCUUCCCUUCUCAGCGAAACUCGUGCAAUUAUGGCGAUCAGUUCCUUCAAGCAAGAGCAUCCUCUCGAAAAGAGACAAGCUGAAGCUUCUCGAAUCAGAGACAAGUAUCCAGAUAGAAUACCCGUCAUUGUUGAAAGAGCCGAGAAGAGUGAUGUCCCUGAUAUUGACAAGAAAAAGUACUUGGUCCCAGCUGAUCUGACAGUUGGUCAGUUUGUUUAUGUUGUGAGGAAGAGGAUCAAGCUCAGUCCUGAGAAAGCCAUCUUCAUUUUCGUCAAGAACAUCCUUCCACCAACUGCUGCGAUAAUGUCUUCCGUUUAUGAAGAGCACAAGGACGAAGAUGGGUUUCUCUACAUGAGUUACAGUGGGGAGAACACGUUCGGGAUCUUCUAAUGCCCAUGGAGCUCUUCCAUAUCUCUGAACCUGGUGGAUGCAUGCAUGUACAUUCUUUCUGUUUCUCUCUGCUUAGUUAUGUCUGAAGCUAUGGAACUUGCUUUGUUAUGAUGAACAUAUUCAUCUCUUGUACUCUACUACGUUUUCAUGGUCUUGCUUUGAUUUGAUGCUACUACUAUUAAUCCCAUUCGUCACGAUCUCUCUCUCAAGUUUCCAAAUUAUCAUUUCAA